GGCCAGUCUGUCUCUAUUUUUUUUCGUACCUCGGAGUUAUUCUUUCUGAGUAGAAUUUGCUUCGGAUACGUAAGAUGUAUACGAUGGGUGUCGUUUGCGACUGUCCAGAAAUGCAUUGAUCACCGGAAAGGGGUCAGCAACAAUGUUGCAGUCGGCCGGGAGCCUCUCUUCGCCGGGAAGUACAAGAAGAUGGGCUGGAGACUUCCAAAGGAUGCAUUCUAGAACACUGGAGAACAAGUGGAGCGUCCUGAUCACUCAAGAGAAGAACCCCGAAUGUGCAGAAUGUGUGUUUGGAACACAUAAAAAAAAUGUCUCGUGAACCCACAACACACAACACAGAAGAACCUGAAUGUGCAGCGUAUGUGUUUGGAACACAUUUCAAAAGUCUCGUGAACCCCCAACGCACAAGACAGAAGAACCCUAGCUGUUUCAGUAGUCUCACAGAACCUGGUAUCCAGUGUACAGUGCUCAGCACAGAAAAUCUAUAAUGAGUUUCUUAUCGUGGAGAGACCUUUAAGUCAAAUGUUUAAUUUCAAGGGGCAUGAGGGAACGAAUAGCAGGGACAAAAAAAGAACCCUAUCCGUGCAACACAUCUGAAAAAAGGGUCGCCCGGGAACUUGCCAUGCAUCGGAGGACUCGUACAAGUGAAAGGGCAUAUCCAUGCUCUCAUUGUGGAAAGACAUUUAGUCAAAUGUUUAAUCUCAAGGCACAUGAGAAAACUCACUGCGUGGAGAGGUCUUAUCGGCGUGGCGUGUGUGACCAGAGGGCGCACAUAUCUGAAAACUCAAUUUGUACUGAUGUUCUUUCUAAAGAAGAGGGUUCUCUAGGGGACAAAGAUGUAACGCUAUCUGGUGAUGGGGAACCUUCUCAACAGGAUGCUGUGGCAGAACCAAAGGAUGCGCAAGAACGUGUUAAUGAAAGGGGGAACGCUGAAGAACGUGCUAGCAAAAGGGGGAACGCUACAAAACGUUCUAGCGAAAGAGGGAACGCUGAAGAACGUGCGAGUGAAAGGGGGAACGCUGAAGAACGUGCUAGCAAAAGGGGGAACGCUACAAAACGUGCUAGCGAAAGAGGGAAUGCUGAAGAACGUGCUAGCAAAAGGGGGAACUCUACAAAACGUGCUAGCGAAAGGGGGAACUCCAAAGAACGUGCUAGCGAAAGGGGGAAUGCUGAAGAACAUGCUAGCGAUAAGGGGAACACUGAAGAUCGUGCUAGCGAUAGGGUGAAUGCUGAAGAACAUGCUAGCGAUAAGGGGAACACUGAAGAUCGUGCUAGCGAUAGGGUGAAUGCUGAAGAACAUGCUAGCGAAAGGGGGAACUCCAAAGAACGUGCUAGCGAAACGGUGAACGCUGAAGAACGUGCUACUGAAAGGGUGAACGCUGAAGAACGUGCUAGCGAAAGAGGGAACGCUGAAGAACGUGCUAGCGAUAGGGUGAACGCUGAAGAACGUGCUAGCGAAAGAGGGAACGCUGAAGAACGUGAAAGGGGGAACGCUGAAGAAUGUGCUAGUGAUAGGGUGAACGCUGAAGAACGUGCUAGCGAAAGAGGGAACGCUGAAGAACAUGCUAGCGAAAGGGGGAACGCUGAAGAACGUGCUAGCGAAAGGGGGAACGCUGAAGAACGUGCUAGCGGAAGGGGGAACGCUGAAGAGCGUGCUAGCGAAAGGGGGAACUCUGAGGAUCAUGGCAGGAAGCAGCUUUCCAACGCCACGGAGACGCGCUACAAGUGCUCGCAGUGUGCGAGAACCUUCGCUUUGCCAGCCGUGCUGGCGGCUCACGAGCGCACCCACACAGGAGAGAAGCCCUACCAGUGCAACGCGUGCAAAGUGUGCUUCCGCCAUCUGCGCGAGCUCAGUGUCCAUCGGACGAUACACGACGGGGAAGAUCUACAUCGCUGUGCCCGCUGCGGCGAGGCGUUCAGUCAAAUCUCUAAUCUCAAGGCACACGAGAAGACGCACGGCAGAGAAAAGCCCUGUCCGUGCAGUACCCAUGGAAACGGUGCCAAGAGCGUUCCGGAACUUGGCGGGCAUCAGAUGGCGGAUAAAUCCGCUCGGGCGGAGAAAUCGAGCAGACGAGCGUAUCAGUGUUCUCGCUGUGGGAAGACCUACAGCGGCAUCUCCACUCUUCGAGAUCACGUGAAGACGCACCGCGUGCCGAAAGAGACUCGUCUGAAUCCGUGCAGCAUCUGCGGCAAGACUUUCAGCCGAAGUCUGUAUCUCGAGUAUCAUCUGAUGACUCAUAUGUCCGAGGACGUAACGGGUCGCAGGGAGUUCGCAGGGAAAGAAACCGACGCUGACGACGACGGUGACGAUACGGCACUACCUGGCGAUGUCGAAGCAUCUCAACAGGAUGUUGUGGUGAAAACAGAGGACGCUGAAGGGCUCCAGGGUUUUUCUUGGCAAGACAGAGGGGAAGUCUCAUCGCUGGAUCACAGCCAGUCAGAAAUGUCUUCACUUCACCAGCCCCUGGAAAGUGUGGAUGCAGCGCUGCCAAUCAAGAUUGAGGUCAUAGAAGAGGAAGAAUGGCCUGGACUGGGACAUGACUGUAAACAGGAAGUAGAAUCGCCUGGACAGGAACAUCAUUUUGAACAGGAAGUAGAACCGCUUGGACAGGAACAUAAUUUUGAACAAGAAGUAGAACUGCCUGGACAGGAACAUCACUGUAAACAGGAAGAAGAAUCGUCGAGACUGGAACAUUGUUGUAAACAGGAAGAAGAAUCGCCUAGACCGGAAUAUGACUGUAAACAGGAACUAGAAACGCCUGGGCCAGAACAUGAUUGCAAACAGGAAGCAGAAUCGUCUGGACAGAAACAUGAUGGUGAACAGAGAGGAGAAUUGGAUUUAAAUGACCAUUGUGAUUUCUCUCCUACAAGAAAUGUUCAAAAGAUCCAUGCUUGUGCAGGCGGGAGCAACACGGAACCUUUCGGGAAGCCCCUUGUGUUCCAGAACAUUCCACCGCAGCCAGAACCGAAGCAGCAGAACGGCGCUGAAAACCAGUACAAAUGCCCCUUGUGUUCCAGAACAUUCGGUGAUCUAGCCCUCCUUACAGUUCACAAACAAACUCACAUCAGACUGUAUCUCUGCAGCAAGUGCGUGAUGGGUUUCCGGGAUCUCGCAAGCCUGCAGGACCAUCAGCGUCUCAUGCACCAAAAGCAGCCGUGCCCUCGGUGUGGAAAGACGUUCUCCAACAAUAAUUCGCUCAAAAAACACCAGAGAACUCACGCAGGGAGAGAGCCGUGUGUGUGCAGCGAAUGUGGAAAGGUGUUCAGCACAGGGCAAGCGCUUACGGGCCACCAGAAAACCCACACGGGCGGACUAUUUCACUGUCCUCAGUGCCGAGAGUCCUUCAAGUUUAAGGGGCAGCUACAGAGACACAUGAGGUCGCACGAGGAAAACCGCUGGAAGUGUUCAGAAUGCGGAAAGGCUUUUAACGACUCGCGCAACCUGGAAAGACACCGGCGGAUCGCGCAUGCCACAGGAGAAAGGCCACACAGGUGCAAAGAAUGCGGAAUGAGUUUCGGCGAAUCACAUUUGCUCGAGGAACACCUGCGGAUCCACACCGGAGAAAGGCCGUUGCAGUGUAGCAGCACCAACGAUCUGGCGGCGCAUCAGGUCACCCAUUCGACGUUGAGGCCUUUUCAGUGCUCCCAGUGUGGGAAGGCAUUUAAGUGGAAGGUUUGCCUCAAGCUGCACGAAUCGAACCAUGCUAAAGAAAAAUGGCAUCAGUGUUCCAUAUGUGGAAAGAGCUAUAAGUACGUCUCGCAUCUCGGCGUUCACCAGAGGUUCCACAGGCGGGAGCGGCAACGGCAGUGUUCCAUCUGUGGCUUGACAUGCGACUCGGUGUACGAGCUCAGGAGCCAUCGGAGGAGCCAUGCUGGAAGAGAACGUUAUCCGUGCCCGGUGUGCGAGAAAAGUUUCGCGCUAAAGUCUCGUCUCGAACUGCACCAGAAGAUCCAUGCGGGAGAAAAGCCUCACGAGUGUUCAGAGUGUGGAAAGACGUUCAAGCACAGCGCCGCACUCCAGGAACACCAGAGUGUCCACACCGGAGAAAAGCCUUAUUCGUGUCCUACAUGUGGAAAGCGUUUCAGUCGGAUGUCGGACAUCUCCAAACAUCGGAAGCUACACGCAGGAACAAAGCCUCAUCGCUGCUCCGAUUGCGGAAAGACUUUUGCGCGCGUGUCUUGUCUGAACAAACACCAGCGGGUCCAUACUGGAGAACGGCCUUACCUGUGUUCCCAGUGUGGCAAAGGUUUCACGUGCACAUCGAAUCUCUACAAACAUAUGACGACGCACACGACCGCCAGGCCCCAUCGCUGCCCUUACUGCAGUAAGACGUACAAGCAAAAAUGUAGUCUGAAGGACCACUUGAGGAGCCAUACUGGGGAAAGGCCCUAUCCCUGUUCCCAGUGCGGAAAGGCGUUCUGGACCGACUCGGACCUACGGCUACACGAGAGAAGGCACGCAGAGGAAAAGCCCCACGCGUGCCGCGAAUGUGGAAAGAUGUUUACGUCAAAGUCCGGUUUGAAGGUGCACCUCAUGACUCACACCGGAAACAAGCCGCACCGGUGUUCUGACUGCGGAAAGACAUUUCCGUACUUGUACGUCCUGAGAGGCCACCAGAAUAUCCACACAAACGAGCGGCCCUUCGGGUGUCCCCUGUGUGACAAGACUUUUAGGACCAACUCGUGUUUAAGGCUACAUGAGAAAACGCACGACGUUGAAAAGCCCCAUGCGUGCUGUGAAUGUGGGAAGACGUUCAGAACAAGGUCUCGUUUAAAGACACACGUCAUGAUCCACACCGGGGAAAAGCCACACCGGUGUUCGGACUGCGGAAAGGCGUUUGCGUACGUCCACUCCCUGAGAGACCAUCAGACUCUCCACUCAAAUGUGCGGCCCUAUCCGUGCGCUCUGUGUGGAAAGGCGUUUAGUCACCUCAAUGGCGUUAAGCAGCAUCAAAAGAUCCAUUCGGAUAGAAGGUCGUAUCCGUGUGCUCUGUGCACAAAGACAUUUAGUUCCAAGUCUACUCUCAAGCGACACCAGAAGAUCCAUGCAUGAGCCGCGUCCUAUCCAUGUGCUUUGUGUGUAAAGGCAAUUAUUUAUUUUAUUUUUUGUUUUACUUAUUACUGCUUGAUAUUAUCUGAUUGUGGAAAGCACAUGGAAUUGCCUUUGUGCAUGAAAUGUGAUAUACAGAUAAACUUGCCUUGCCUAUUUGCAAGUGAUAACAAAACUGCAUUUUUCGUUUGCGACUAAGUGUACAAGUGAAAAACUAGGCCUGUAAUUUUGGCCUAGUUCAAGUUCAAGUUUAUUGUCAUGUACUCAUAAAAAAAAAUAUUGU